AAAGGGCAAGGGAGGAGAACCGAAAUAAAAACUCCCGGUUAUUGUUAUAUCUUGGAGGAUUAGUUUAUCCUCUCUGUUCUAGCUGUCUGCUGCAAAUAAAAAGGCCAGAGAAUUUAUGGUGGCUGCAAAACAAUAAUGUUCUAUGUGAAGAAUGACUUUGUUGGUUUGUUCCAUUCAUGGAAGUCUCCCAGAGUUUCUGCAUCAGCCUAGCUAGGUGUAAAGAUUUCAUGUUUUCUGUGAGUUUUUGGUAAAGGGUAUAUUGUAUAUAUCAUCGAUCCUUUCUGUUCACAAUGGAGCCUUCUGACAUCCCGGGAGGAGCAGAAGGGUGUAGCAGCAACGAGUCGGGGUGGACAAUGUAUAUUGCUUCGUUCAGCCAAGGAUACGAUGAUCAAGAUGGCUACGAAGACGAUCAUCGAGAUUCAGAGAGGGUGAGGGGUAAGAAUUUUGGCGGUGUUGCAGGCACUGAACAUGGCGACAGCGAUGAUUCCAUGGCUUCAGAUGCCUCUUCUGGCCCGAGUUAUCAAGAAAUCUGCAGAGGCAUGGAGAGGAGCCAUGGAAAGGAGAAACUCAAGUAUGCAGGCGAGAAAGUCCCGGGGAAGUACUCAGUCAAGAAACACCAGAAAGAAGAAGGGGUUAAGGCUAGUAAGAACAGCAAACAGGUAAGGGAAGAUGCACAUAGGGGAAAGAGUUCUUAUGGUCAAAGCAGAUCAUUUCUAAGAAAAAAGUAACAAUUCAGAAAUGCCAACAGCUGUCCAAGCAGUUCAAUAUCGCUUCGUUUACCUGUCGAUGAUGUCCAUGGAAUAACAGAACAGAAAUCCCGCUUGGCAUAUCUACCCGCUGAAUCUCCAGUUCAAAUGCUGUGAAUCAAGCAAUCGAACCAACACUGUCAGUACAGUUCAUAAAAUGUCACGGUUUAACCAUUGCAUGUGCAAAAAUCUCGUGUUUUUUGAUGUCAUCAGUUUCAUAUGCAGCAUAUUAGAAUGUGUAAGAGUAAGUUUUCAUAAGAGAAAUGCAGAGUUGGCCAAAAAAAGUCGCAAAUUUUAGCAAGAGAAGAUGUUCAAGACAUUCCAGCCUGUUGUUUGUUGAAGCAGUUAGUAACCCACUCUCCUUUCCAGCCUUCCAGGCUUAUGCAGGUAGGUCAGCUGCCUCAUCUUCCAACAAGCGAGAACAACAUGUUAGCGAACAUUAUUUAAAAAAAAAAAAAAAAC